AUCCAACACAUCUAUAGAUUUAUCAUUUUGUUUUCAGUUUUUUUCGAAAAAUAUGGCAAAGCUUAGAAUGUUUAUGCUAGCACUUGUGGCGCUUCUCAUACUCUGCUUAGAUACAAACACGAAAGUUGUGCGAGGAGAUGGUUGGGUCGAUAGAUGUUGUGAGCAUGGUUAUGUCGGGGUAUGUAGACCUGGCACUGAAGACGAUCAGAAAUGUGCCGAUGCUUGUAAAAUGCAUUGCACAACUCACGAAACAUGAGGAAAAUGUGUUGAAGCAAAUGUUUGUCGUUGCAUCGAAUGUAUUUCCUAAUAUAAAGUUUC